AUGACGAUUCCGGCACGUGUGGCCCCGCGGGCUCCAGGCGGGGGAGCAGCGAGGCCUUUCUUCCCUGUCCCCCCGCCAGUGGCGCCUCCGAUGUCUUCGCCAGCUCCGCCCCGGUUUUCGUUCACGGGCUCUCCGCCUGCACCGCCCCCGGGCGGGGGCUAUCCCUGGGCGCCUUCUGGGGGGCCCGCGGGGCCCGCGCCGUUCCAUCAAACCCUCUUGCCUCCGAGUCUCGCAGUGGCAAAUGCAGAGAUUGCUGCACUCGUCGAUUUGUAUCAGCAGCAGCUAGCCGAGAUCACCGCGGAGCACAGCCUUCUCCUGGAAGACCAGGCGAAGCUGGCGUCCUUCAUCGCACCUUACUUGGACGAAGACGGGCGAGUUGUUGGAGAGUUUGACGACACCAUUCUCCUCUUCAAGCAGGGGCUUGACCUACGCCUCCUUGAGUACGAGGAAGACUGCCGUCGCAUUCAGCAAACAGAGCGCCGCCUCCAGAGAACGAUCGACGACAUCUGCCUGCGCUACGACUCCAUGGUCGUGGAGGCCCAAGGCUACGCGGAGUCGCGUCUCUUGGGUCAGGUCAAGGAUCUACAGAGAGUCAUCUGGCUGCUGCACAGCGAACUCGACGAACUGCGGUUUCAGCGAGACAUUUACGCUGAUGAGACGAAGCGGCUGCGGGGCAUCUGUCGCUUCGGCAACUGGACAGAAGACGGAAUUGGCGUCCUCGAUCGCGAGGAGCCCGUGUUUAGCGGAGAGGGUCCCUGGCAGCGGAAAGGGAGACACGUCGGGUCGAUCGAAUCUGCUCAGCCAGGCAUGGUGCGGUGGCCGCGCGCCUCCGCCGCAGAGUCGCGGCCCGCGAGGCGCCCUGAGGGCCGCGAGGCAUCUCCAUUUGUGGCGUGGCGAGCCAAGGCCAGCCGGCGAGGCACCGAAGCAAGAAGCGAAGAGCCCCGCACCUGGCUGCAGCCCGGCGAGCGAAUGCGAGACGAAGACGACGACGAGACUGCGCGGCCUCGAGGGUCAAAGGCGAAGAAGCGAGAGGAGCCGAGUUCUCUGUUUCAUGGCGUCUUGUCGAAGCUCCUCUUCACGGAUGACGGCAAGGAAAAGAGAGAGACUCAAAGCACAGGUCGGGAGGUCACUGACAGCGCUGAAGCCGGCAGAAGGAAAUCGACUCAGAGCGGGAAACGGUCUACUCGGCUCAGGUGUGCUCCAGCCGUCGACGGCGUUCCGCAUCGGCCGGGGCCCCCGCGCGCGAUUCUCUUCAAGAGUUCGAGAGAGGAAGAAGCCCCUCGGAGGUCGCGAGCUUGGGAGCGUAGAGACGAAGAGCACGAGGAGGAAGAAGGUGACCACACCACGCGUCGCCGGGGGACUGGGCGCGUCUCGCACCUACUUCGCCGAGUUGAUGACAUAGCGCGAGACGACGAGCUGGAGAGACGCGAUCGACGGAGGUCGAGCUUGAGACAGAGAGAGCGAGACGAAGAUGAAGAAGUACGCCCCCGGCCUGGUUUCUCAGAGGGCCAGCGCGGAACUGAGGGCGCUUCGAUUUCAGUGAAGGCCGUCUGCCGCCGAAGAUCUUCGGCGGCAGGCGGCCCAGGCGCGCGGCCUUCGGGGGCGAACGUGGAAAGAAAGCGGUAUUCAGAGGGAGGGACGCGGUCUGAAGCGUUUGGUGUGAAGCCGCCUCGCGGCACGCGCAGCGAUGAACUGACUGAGCGAGGUGAAGACAGCGGCGCGAUGCUACGACCCGCAGGCGAUAAACAGAGUAACGGGCCUAGUCGCCGCUCGGAGUUUGCGCCGAGCCGAAGUGAGGAAGAGUGGAAAGAGAGGUCCGUCAGCGGAGACGACGAGCAGACAGUCAGCACCCCUGUUUCGCGUGAGGACGAGAGCGUGAUCUCGCCUCGUGAAGAGACCGAGGACGCCUGGCAGCGAAGAAACUCCGUCGCAGGCUCGCUUUUCGAGGAGUCUGAGCCGCCCUCCUCUCGCGACGGACGUGACAGUCAACGAUCUGGGCGGGACGACGAGUGGCGGGAAGACGCCGAGACAGAGAGAUUCCUUGAAUCGGAGGAUGACCUCGUCCCGCCUGCGCGCAGCCGCGGGAAGUCCCUCGAUCGGAAGACGGAGCCAGUUUCGCCGGCGCCACUGCCAGUCUCUCCGUACUACUACGAAAAAGACGAGGGCUCUCGGGCGCCGCCGCGGCGCUUCGCCUCGCGCACCGUGGUUAGCCCGCUCGUCCAGUCCGUCACACCCAGUCCGCAGGCGUCUCCGCGCGUGUUAAGUAGGCUGCAGUCGGGGGCCUUUCUUGGAGCGGUUGGGUCUCCUCUGCCGAGUGCGCGGAGGGAGGUCCACCGCGGGACACGUCGUUCCGGGGCGGAGCGUCGCCACCGCGGGCGAAGCCGGGGGUCGCCCGCAGCUUCCAGCAAGUUCGGAGGACCUGGUCGCUCGCUGAGUCGGACGCUAGCGUCACCACUCGCCUCGUCUCGAAGUUUCGGCGGCGUGGGCCUCGCCAUGGGCCCCCGACGCAUGCUCUCCGUCGCAUCGCGGGCAGAGUCGAGAGACGAAGACGACAGUGUGCGCCGGGGCUCGGGGAGCCAGACCUUCGGAGGGGACGGAGGAAGUAGUGCGUCGUCCAGGCCUCCCGUUUCGCCGCUCGACCUCUCAAGAGUGAGGCGGUGA